CCCCGACUCCCAGUGGGCAGCCUCUGCCAGUCAGGGCUCGGGCCUCACUGCAGCUCCGCACUGGUUGUGUUGCCCACCCAUGUAGGGGCAGCUCAGGGGACUCCUGAGCUGUCCUGAGGGACUGCUGGGAGCCUAAGAGGCAGCGCAGGGACACCCCUGCACACACCUGGGGUCAUCCUGCCGUCCCGGUCUCCCUCGUGUCCUGGCCAUGAGCAGCCCCCCAGCUUACCCUGGCAUCCGAGUGUCAGGGUGCUGGACCCUCGGAGCAGAAGGCAGCAGCAAUGCGGAGUCCCUAGACAGGCUGCUUCCACCUGUGGGCGCGGGGCGCUCGCCGAGGAAGCGUACCACCAGCCAGUGCAAGUCUGAGCCGCCCCUCCUGCGCACGAGCAAGCGCACCAUCUACACGGCAGGGCGGCCGCCAUGGUACAAUGAGCAUGGCACCCAGUCCAAGGAGGCCUUUGCCAUUGGUCUGGGAGGUGGCAGUGCCUCUGGGAAGACCACCGUGGCCAGAAUGAUCAUUGAGGCCCUGGAUGUGCCCUGGGUGGUCUUGCUGUCCAUGGACUCCUUCUAUAAGGUGCUCACCAGGCAGCAGCAGGAGCAGGCUGCCCACAACAACUUCAACUUUGACCACCCAGAUGCCUUUGACUUCGACCUCAUCAUCUCCACGCUCAAGAAGCUCAAGCAGGGCAAGAGUGUCAAGGUGCCCAUCUAUGACUUCACCACCCACAGCCGGAAGAAGGACUGGAAAACUCUGUACGGUGCAAAUGUCAUCAUCUUCGAGGGAAUCAUGGCCUUUGCCGACAAGACGCUGCUGGAGCUCCUGGACAUGAAGAUCUUUGUGGACACGGACUCCGACAUACGCCUCGUGCGGCGACUGCGCCGUGACAUCAGCGAGCGGGGCCGGGACAUCGAGGGCGUCAUCAAGCAGUACAAUAAGUUUGUGAAGCCCGCCUUCGACCAGUAUAUCCAGCCCACCAUGCGUGUGGCAGACAUCGUGGUGCCCCGGGGGAGCGGGAACACAGUGGCCAUCGACCUGAUUGUGCAGCACGUGCACAGCCAGCUGGAGGAGAGGAAGCUGCGCUGGGAUCUAGCUGCUCUGGCCUCUGCGCACCAGUGCCACCCCCUGCCCAGGACGCUUAGUGUCCUCAAGAGCACGCCGCAGGUGCGGGGCAUGCACACCAUCAUCAGAGACCGGGAAACCAGCCGCGAUGAGUUCAUCUUCUACUCUAAGAGGCUGAUGCGGCUGCUUAUCGAGCACGCCCUCUCCUUCCUGCCUUUCCAGGACUGCGUGGUGCAGACUCCACAGGGUCAGGACUAUGCCGGCAAGUGCUAUGCGGGGAAGCAGAUCACCGGCGUGUCCAUCCUGCGGGCCGGCGAGACCAUGGAGCCUGCACUGCGGGCUGUAUGCAAGGACGUGCGCAUUGGCACCAUCCUCAUCCAAACCAACCAACUCACUGGGGAGCCCGAGCUCCACUACCUGCGGCUCCCCAAGGACAUCAGUGACGACCACGUGAUCCUGAUGGACUGCACAGUGUCCACGGGCGCGGCAGCCAUGAUGGCUGUGCGGGUGCUGCUGGACCACGACGUGCCUGAGGACAAGAUCUUCCUUCUGUCACUGCUCAUGGCGGAGAUGGGCGUCCACUCGGUGGCCUAUGCCUUCCCCCGCGUUAGAAUCAUCACCACAGCAGUAGACAAACGCGUCAAUGACCUCUUCCGCAUCAUCCCUGGCAUCGGGAACUUCGGUGACCGCUACUUUGGGACUGACGCCGUCCCUGACGGGAGCGACGAUGAAGAAGGGGGCUCCACUGGGUAGCCACCCACCUGCCCCAACUCCCCACGCCUCCCUGUCUCCCUUGAAGCUCAGAGUAGAGAUGUUAAUUUAUUUUAAUUAAAAAAAGUGUUACCCAUGUAA